AUGGCGUCAGCGGUUCAGGAAAGAUGCGUAUGGGUUGUAAACGGGAACGCAAGAGUGUCAGUGAUGGAUGUGUGUCAGACGUGGAACGGCGGUUGUGCUAAAGGAGCCAAGUGUUCUCAGGAAGGAGAACAGGUGACCUGCACCUGUCCUAAAGGUUACUCCGGAGACGGCUACACCUGUCAGCCAAUCGACCCGUGCGUCUCGGGGGUCAAUAGCGGCUGCCACGAACACGCCACCUGCACUAUGAUGGCUCCGGGGAAGAAGAAGUGCACCUGUAAGGACGGUUACGUUGGAGACGGACUCACCUGUGAGGUCAAACAGCUGCCGGUCAGCCGCUGUCUCCAGGACAACGGACGAUGUCAUCUAGAAGCCAAAUGUACUGACCUCCACUUUGAAGAUGCGAAGCUCGGCGUGUUUCACGUCCGUUCGGGUGACGGUCAGUACAAAAUGAACUUCACUGCAGCUGAGCGGGCCUGCGCCGCAGAGGGAGGAACGCUGGCUACGUACAACCAGCUGUCCUACGCUCAGCUGGGCGGCUUCAACAUGUGUGCUGCCGGCUGGCUGGACCAGGCCCGUGUGGCGUACCCCACCACCUACUCCAACCUCAACUGUGGCUUCGGACACGUUGGCAUCGUGGACUACGGCGUCCGCAAAAAGACAGAGACCUGGGACGCCUUCUGCUACCGGAUGAAGGAGGUGACGUGUGAGUGUCGGCCCGGGUACGUUGGAGACGGUCUCAGCUGUACAGGAAACCUGCUGCAGGUCCUCAAGUCCACGCCCACCUUCUCCAACUUCCUCACACAAAUCCUGAACUGCUCUCAGGCGUCUGUCUCAGGUGGACAGUUUGUGAAGCGUCUCAGUAACCUGACGGUCCAGUCCACGCUGUUUGUCCCCGACAACAAUGGCCUACCUGAGAACCAG